AUGAUGACACGACAUGCGCUACAGACGAUUCAAGACAAUGUCAAAAUUCCUUCUCUACAUCCGCCGAUGUUGAAGGCCUCAUCAUAUGAAGGUUAUAUUGCGGAAUCAGCAGAAAUGGGUACCACAGUUCGGGUUUCUCCUUCUGCAUUUUCAGAUUCACUUCAAAUCAGUGUUUACGAUAAUGAUCUGAAGACUGGCAUGCCUCCAGCCGUUUAUGAAUAUAUAUUAACGGGACUAGGCUCAUCUAUAUUUGCUGUUGACCAAAGAGGUUAUGUCUAUUUAAAUGUGCCAUAUAUAAACGCUGAUCCUCCAAAUCCAUCAAAGUACCAACUUCAUAUAGAAGCUCGAGAAGUAAAUACGACGCCAAUUCGUAGUAGCGAACCAAUAUCAAUAAUAAUACACAUUAUGGAUAUCAACGAUAAUCCGCCACGCUUCAGUUCCUCUGUUUAUGUGGCCAGUGUCAGUGCCCGUGGUAGUGAUCGUCCUGUCAUACAGAUUUAUGCGACGGAUAAUGAUGCUGGUAAGAAUGCGAAAAUAAGUUACCAUUUGGCAUCAGUAAGUGGUGGAGCGUACAAUAAUUUCUGGUACGACAGUAAAGCACAUCAAUUAAACGCUGUUGGAAAUUUGAAAGCUGGUGAACGAUAUGAAGUUGUGCUGAAAGCAUUUGAUAGUGGCGGUCUUUCAAGUCAAGCAUUAAUAAUUGUCUAUGCUAUGCCUGACAAUUUUCAAGAAUUAACAGCACUUAAUCAAAAAAAGGCAUCAAUCGGACGGAAUCAAAUAGCCGGUUUACCCAACUUUUUAGUUGUCAAGCCUCCGAUUGCUACUACAUCUGAAAGUGUUGAUUCGUCUGAAACGAUCCAAACUUACGUUACAGAAAUAAGCGAGGCAACUCCACCGUACUCCAUUAUUAUUACACUUGGAGAUGAUUCGACAAAGGGACAGAUGUAUUAUACGAUUACCGGUGGAAACGAGGAUAACAAAUUUGCGAUUAGCAGCGAAAUUGGGACCUUAAUUACAGUGGACUCGUUUGAUAGAGAAGAGACGUCACUUUACAAUUUGCAAAUCGAAACACGCUCUUUAAAUUCAGAUCGACACUUGUACUGGACCAUUGUCCAGGUUGCUAUAGCGGAUAUCAAUGAUAAUGCUCCAAUAUUCAUUGAUCCGCAACCAGUAAGAUUGCGUGUUAAAAUCAGUGAUGUACUUAAUCUUUCGACAAAUAUGUAUGUGGGACAAGUGAACGUAAAAGAUCCGGAUGAUGGCGAUAACGGACGUAUGGCACUCAGGAUUGCACCUCCUAUGGAUAAAUUAUUUUCAAUAAAUAACAAUGGUGCUGUAACUGUAAAUGGUGAUCUGUUGAAUGGACAUUUUGGCGAACAUCGAAUGACAGUUAUUGCCACUGAUCACGGUGAUCCACCUCUUGAAACUCAAGUCAAUCUAAUCAUUAAUAUUGAAAAUUCUCUGCAGAGUGCAUCGUCAAAUUCUAUGCAGUUAUCAACAGAAUCGAGUAGUCUGGAGCGCUUGAAUUUAACACCAGAUUUAUUAACAAACACGACAUCAGAAAUUGUUAUUGCAGCAUUCAUGCAAACAGGAACAGAAAAUCCAACGCUGCGAUUUGCGCCCAUGUUUGAUCCGUCUGAGAUUACGGUUACUGUGAAAGAAAAUCAAGCAAACAUUGAACUCGUCAAGCUUCAUGCUUAUUAUAUGGAUAAUAAACCUGAAAGCAUCACAUAUGUUAUGCUCUCAGGAGAUCCAUCGCUUUUCAAUGUAAACAGUUUUACCGGGUCGCUCCAUUUACUCCGCCCGUUAGAUAUGGAGAAAGAAACGUCGUAUGAAAUUCGGGUUGGUACUGCUGAGGCGGCUGUUUUGUCCACGGAGCCGAAUUUUCCGUACACUGCCCUGGUUAUUGUAAAUGUUGUAGAUGUCAAUGAUUGGAUACCAAACUUUGAACUUGAUAGCUAUCAGUUUAAAGUGAGUGCAGAUGCCAAACUCGGCACGGCUAUUGGCGAAAUUGUGGCAUACGAUCAAGAUAGAACCAGGCCGAAUAAUGAAGUUCGUUAUCGGAUCACAGAAAGCAGUACUAAUGAAUCAUACGUAAAUAUAGAUCCUAGAAGUGGUUUACUAACUAUCAAGAAAGAUCUUCGUUUAUUUCCAAAUAAAAAAAUUUUGUUAAAUAUAGAAGCAGAAGAUGGCGGCACACCAAAACAGUCUAGCGAAACGCUUGCUUUAAUUGAUGUUGAACCUGAAGAAAUUGCCAUUUUGACGGGAAAGCCAUCAACGUUUGAUGCAAUAUCUUCUAGCAAUAAGCUACAAUUCUUACAAAGGAAUUACUCCACUUCUCUAUCGGAAUCAGUCCGUUUGUCACAUUUAUUACUUGUUUUACCAGUGCUUAACAAACCAACAAACGAACGUUUCAUAACUUGUUCAAUCAUUUCCGGCAAUUACGGAGGAGUCUUUAGCAUUUCAACCGGUUCUGAAGGUAACUGCGAGCUUCGAACCCAAGCGCUAUUGGACCGAGAAACAGUGGACUAUUAUCAAUUAAACAUAAGCGUAAAAAUGGAACAGCAAGUGGACCAUGCAAUUGUGCACGUAGCUGUUCUCGAUGCAAAUGACUAUGCACCCGAAUUCAUUUACAGUAAUGACGAAUAUAAUGGAUAUUUUGCAGCAUUGUCCACUAAUGCCUCUUCACUUGCUUUUGUCACCGCCGUAAAGGCUAAGGAUGACGAUUUAGAAAACAAUAGUUUUGUUGUAUAUUCAUUAGAUCCGUUUUCAAUGGACUCGAAGUACUUUAUGAUUGACCUGACUGGAGGAGAAAUCCAAACAAAAAUGAGUGCAUCACAAAUGAUGGAAAACAGUCAGAAAAAUUAUUUUAUUUUUCAAGUGAUCGCUUGUGAUUCUCCUUUGACUGGAAAGAAAUUAUGUUCCAAAGCGGAAAUAUUUGUAAAUAUAAUCAAUGAUUCAAACCGAUUCAUUCUAUCAGUUUUUAAUACUGAACUAUACCACCUCAAAGCUGCUGAAAAGGAGAUUGCAACAGUGUUGGGAGAAUUCACUGAUCCAUGCAAGUUGCUUCUUGUGGAAAGUGUAGAAGAAAACCAAAAUAAUAUGAAGAAGCAGAAACACAUCAAUAUGCUCUGGUAUGCUGUAAAUCCAGCAACAAAAAAGAGCUGCAAAGUUGACGAGUACAGCAAACUUUUCGAUAAUACAACAAUAAGAACGGUUACUGCAAAACUGAAACCGCGAAUUAUUAUUGGUGAAAUUCGUAUUAACUUAAAAAAUGUGCUUGGCGAAAAUGUGCUGUUUUUUACAAAUUUCAAAACUGCUUCUGUUGCAAUGAUUGUACUAGCAGUGACGAUAGCAAUUGGAGCAUUGACUGGGAUAUGUGCCAUAUGUUUGUGCUACACGCGGCGUCGGAUGGAGCAGCGUUCAAAACAUGAAUAUCCUAAUAUUAAUCAAAUUCCAAAAUUUGGUACCAUAUUUUUACCAAAUCCACCAGCUGGAAGCUCUCAUGAUAUGCUUUAUGAAACACAGAUGCUCGAAAUACCAAUUGGGGAGGAGGAAAGUAUGGUCAAAGCUGUAGGAAAUGGAAGCGGAAUAAUCGUUGAUUCACAUGGAAUGUUAUACUCCAAUAGAUGCGAUUUAGAUGUUGAACAAAGUUAUCACCAGAAUUAUGCGCAAAAUGCAUCGACUAACAAGAGAAAAUUUUCUAUUGAAGAAAACAUGUUUGAAGUCAAUAAACGAAACAGACUAUGUUCGCAAAAGAGCAAAAAGAUGCAGGGAAUGUUGAUACCUGCUCCAGAUUAUCCCAUCGAUCAAAAGAAAAGUGUUUUUUAG